GCCUAGGGUUGGAGACGAUUGGCGAAUAGGGAGAGGAGACGGGGACGGUUCAUUGAGGGAGUCGGGCUGGUGGGGAGUGCAGGGAACACAGGACUGUCCACCUCUCCAGUAGUAGACACCUUCGGUCACAGAAGUCACCGCUGUCGUCCGUUCGAUCAUCGGUGACGGCCUGCGAGAGAUCAUCUGACACCUGACACAACCGCUUUUACCGCCGUGGCACUAUGCAUUCCGUUUUCAGGGUGCUGCUUCUUUUACUGGGACUGAGCACGGUCGCGCUGUCUGCAAAGUUAGACCACCUCAGUCACCACCACGGAGAGUCUGACCUGGCGGACCAGCCUGGCCAGCCCGGCCAGCCCGGCCAGCACGACCAGCCCGACCGAAGCGGUCCGCACGGCCCGCUUCAGAAGGCCCGAGAGACGGCGCGACGGCCGGCGCUGUCCCGCACCUCACAGACUGCUCCGACGGAGCCACCCGUCGUCCCCAUCGUUCGGCUCGAUCACCUGCAACGAGAGGACGGCUCCUUCCAGUACGGAUACCAGACCGGAAACCAGAUCCAGGCGGACGUGGAGGGCCGCCAGAGGCAGAUCGGAGACGCUGCCGGCACGGUGAUGCGCGGCAGGUACAGCUACCUCUCUCCAGAGGGGCACCGGGUGCGGGUGCACUGGACGGCCGACGAGAACGGGUUCAGGGCGGUCGGCGAGAACCUGGGCCUGCCGCCGCAGGAGUAGCACUUCCAGGGGAAGACUGUGCCGUCCGAGACUCGGACACAGAACGGAGCCAGUGAGGGGUAAGAGGGAGGUCAACACUCCACAGUGAGGUCCCUUUUCCAGUGGCAGGGUCAGUGCGGUGACUAGAGUGUGCAGGGACCAAAGUGGUUCGGUGAGGCAGAUAGCCCUUGUUUAGAGUCUGCUCAAUGCUCAUCAGGAGAAAGUGUGACAAGAUUGUCAGCGGUCUAAUUCACGAUGUGAGAUGAAAAUACAUUCACUCUCCGAGGACUAUGC